ACUAACCCGGAAGUUUACGCCUUCUCGUCGUCGAAUGACCCGGAAGUGGCAAGUCGUUUCAAUGUUCCCGUUUUGGCUCUUCAGAUUGUCUAAAUCCCGACGUUUUUGUUCGUCUUUGGAAUUUGAAGCAAGUGCACUUAUCGAGCAGUGAGAAGCCAGUCUGCAUCAUGUUCCUCACCAUGGCGCUGCUAAGGAAGAGCAUCCCCGGGAAGCAGUGGAUCGGAAAGUACCGGCGUCCACGGCCCAUCACAUGGCAGAUGAAGCGCAACAUGGUGAAGCACCUGGAGCGCGAGGCCGCUAAUGAGUACUGGCUCAGCCGACCUUACAUGACGGAGGAGCAGGAGUGUGGCCACGCUGCCGAGCGCCGAGCUCAAAACUGGAUCCGGUUCAAGGAGGCGAAGUUCAGCAAUUUUCCCCAACACAAGAGCAUCACUGAUCACCUCAGUCACCUCCGGAUCUCCAAGACGUGGUCAAGUUAAUGUUUUGGUUUGACAUUUAAAGACUUUUAUUUAUGUAAGUGUUGAGUGACUGAAAAGCUCACUCUUGUAUUCCAUCUGACUCUGAAUGGGAACUAUGUAAUAAUGCAUUGCAUGUAUGCAUUCCAAGCUGUCAGAAGUUUUCCACAUGUAUCAAUCAUUUAUAUUAAAAGCAACUAAUUUGCA